CUACUACUCCGCGCCAACUAAACGACAGUAAUCAUCACUCUAUCCAUCCAUCAUCCAUCCCUCUCCUCUCCUCUCUCUCUUCAAUUUUGUUUCCUUAAACCCUUCUUCAGAAAUUAGGGUUUCUAUGAAAAGAUGAAUCUGAUCUCCAAAUCCUUGACGAGAAUCGAAUGCUCCCCGCUUUUCCAUCCCCAAAUCCCAUCCGGGAAUCGAAUCACCCCUCAGCGAAUCCGUUUCCACCCCGCCGCCGCCGCCGCUGUCUCCGGGAGCGGCGGAAAGAAACAAAGAGCCAAGGCGCCUCCGGAGAUGGUGACGGCGAAGAAGGAGAAGGAACCGGGUCGGCCAAAUGAGGUAGCUUACGAGAAGGAAGCAGCGAAUUGGGUGAAUCUGAUUGGGUUUGUGGAUCAGCCGGUUCAGUUCGAAGCUUCUUCCGACGGAAAGUUCUGGGCAGGCACUGUUAUCUCUCAGAGGUCUGCUUCAGGUUCCUCUGCUUUCUGGAUUCCGAUAAUUUUCGAAGGUGAUUUAGCGAAAACAGCAGAUCGUUAUAUAAGUAAAGACGAUCUUAUCCAUGUUUCUGGCAAGCUUUUUAUUGAUUCCCCUCCUCCAAAUAUGACUUAUGCUCAAUCCAAUGUCCAGGUAUUGGUACAGAAUCUUAGCUUUGUGCAGCCUGCUUCUCCGCCUUUGGUUAUAUCAUCAUCAUCUAAAAAGGAAGAAAACGGCGUUAGGAAGCGGCCUGCUUCACCGCCUGUGGUUGUAGGAUCAUCUGAAAAGGGAGAAAGUGACAUUAAGAAACAGCCUGCUAGAGCUAAGAAGAAUAUAGUUAUGGAUGAAGCUUCUGAUUCUUGGAAUCACCUCAUUGAAAAUCCUAAAGACUGGUGGGAUCAUCGUGAAAAUAAAGCCAAUGGAUUGGUAAAACCAAGGCAUCCUGAUUUCAAAAGCAAAGACAGCAGUCUCUCACUGUGGCUCAAUAAGGCUCCUGCUUGGGUUUUGCCGAAACUCCAAGGACUUGAGUUUGAUGUUCUUGUCCCUAAAGGUAGAGGAGUGAAACAACUCAAAGGAGAAGAAUCAUGGAAAGAGUUGGUUGAGAAUCCUGAUAAAUGGUGGGACAAUAGAAUUGACAAGAGAAACGCAAAAGCUCCUGAUUUCAAACACAAGGAGACAGGUGAAGCACUUUGGCUAAAUGAGUCUCCAACUUGGGUGUUAUCAAAACUGCCACCAGUCAAGACGAGACAAGAAAUCACCGUCUCGUAGCCUUAUUAGAAACGUUAUCGCCUUGUAAAGAGCUCCAAGUGUUUACAGAAUUAAUCAUUUUUUCAAUCUCUAGUUACGCAUCAGAGUUGCUUUGAAUC